CCACCCUCUCCAUCUUCUCUCGAUCUUCAUUGGGCUAGCAAGAAAUGGCGAAAAUCGCUUCUGUAUUGGCAAUCUUGCUUGGCUUGUGCCAUUUUUCUAUCCAUGCCAAUGCAUUUGCACCUUCUGGGUACACUAAAGGACAUGCUACCUUCUAUGGCGGCAGCGAUGCCUCAGGAACUAUGGGAGGAGCUUGUGGGUACGGGAACUUGUAUUCUACAGGGUAUGGGACUAGGACUGCGGCUUUAAGCACUGCAUUGUUCAACGAUGGAGCCUCAUGUGGGCAGUGCUACAAGAUUGUAUGUGAUUAUCAAACUGACCCUCGAUGGUGCAAGAGGGGAGUAUCUGUGACAAUCACUGCAACAAACUACUGCCCUCCUAACUAUGAUCUUCCAAGCAACAAUGGAGGGUGGUGCAACCCACCUCUCCAGCAUUUCGAUAUGGCUCAGCCUGCCUGGGAAAAGAUUGGCAUUUACAGUGGAGGGAUAGUGCCCGUGUUGUUCCAAAGGGUUCCAUGCAAGAAGCAUGGUGGGGUUAGAUUCACCGUAAAUGGAAGAGAUUAUUUUGAGCUUGUUAUGAUUAGCAAUGUGGCAGGGGCUGGAUCUAUUCAAUCUGUAUACAUCAAAGGCUCAAAAACUGGAUGGUUGGCAAUGUCAAGAAACUGGGGUGCUAAUUGGCAAUCCAAUGCCUAUCUCAAUGCCCAAUCUCUGUCCUUCAGGGUCACCACCACUGAUGGAGAAACCAAAUUGUUCCAAGACAUUGUGCCAUCAAAUUGGGCUUUUGGUCAAACCUUCUCCAGCGCAGUACAAUUCUAAGCCCAAAACAAAACAGCUUUGUCAGGGUUUAGGUUCAGGGUUUGGAAC